AUGAAAAACCUCGCCACCUUGGCGGCAAUAACGGUACCCCUGGUCAUAGCCGCUCAGACUCCCGCAACUGGUGGCUUUGCUCAGGCACCGGCGGAGUACCCAAAAUGCUCGCUGCCAUGUCUUGCCGAGUCAAUGACCAAAACGACGUGCAACUCAACCGACACGGCUUGCAUCUGCGCUGACCAGCCGGUGCAAGAAGCUGUUGCUGUCUGUGUAUUGCAGAAAUGCACCGUACAAGAAGCUUUGACUGUCAAAAACAUCACCAAUACAGUAUGCGACGUGCCGGUACGCGACCGAAGCGAAACAUACAUCAUCGUGGCGAAUAUAUUGCUCUCGAUUUCUGCCGUUCUCAUCGUUCAAAGAUUUGCAUACAAGCUCUGGGCGGGUCUCGACUUUGGAUGGGAUGAUUGGUUCUGCCUCGCCACCAUCAUCACCGGUAUCCCCGCCACCGUCUUGAACGUGCACUGGCUUCCGCAAAACGGGUUGGGCCGCGACGUGUGGACGCUGACGCCGAGCCAAAUUACCAAGUUCGGCCUCGGGUUCUACAUCACAGCGGUCAUUUACUUCUUCCAGGUCGUAACGCUGAAGCUGUCGCUGCUCUUUUUCUACAUUCGCAUCUUUCCGACUCGGCCUGUUAGCACACUGCUCUGGAGCACCGUCGCGUUCGUCGCCACGUGGGGUACCGUGUACGAGUUCCUGGUCAUCUUUCAGUGCACGCCAAUCAGCUACUUUUGGACGCGAUGGGACGGCCUCCACCACGGGCACUGCAUCGACAUCAACGCGCUUGUCUGGUCGAACGCAGGCCUCAGCAUCGCCACGGACCUAUGGAUGCUCGCCAUCCCGAUGUGGCAGCUCAGGACCCUACAGCUGGACUGGAGGCGAAAAGUCGGCGUCGGGCUGAUGUUUGGUGUGGGCACAUUUGUGACUGUGGUCAGCAUUCUCCGUCUCCGCUCGCUGGUCAAGUUCCGGGCCAACUCGCAGAAUCCGAUGUGGGAGUUCUUUGACGUGUCCUUGUGGUCGGACAUAGAGAUCAACAUCGGCAUGAUCUGCAUCUGCAUGCCGUCGCUGCGGCUGCUGCUCGUCCGCCUGUUUCCCAAGCUGCGCGGCACCACACAGCGCUACUACGCCAAGUACUCCCACUCGGGCAACAAGUCAGCGCCCGACAACAGGGAGCAUCGGGGUUUCGGCACCGUGUCGACGUCGCGGGCGGAACCCGAUAUUUUCCAGGGGCCGCACGAGCUCAACCAGAUCUCGUACAAGAAGAGCUACACUGUCAAUUAUGGCGAGCCGGACGAUGCAGAGCUGGUUCUCGGUGCCAGUGACAUGGACAUGAGAAGUGCCAAGUCACUUACAUCGAUUUCCGCAAGGGGGUCAUCGGACAAGGCACCGCACGCGUUGUAG